GCUGCUCUCCGGAUGAAAAUGAACUAUACACCCGCCUGUCCCGGGUCCAAAAUUUCGUAUUUUGACUUAAUAUAAAAUAUUUUUAUAUUUAAUAUUUAAUAAUACUGUAUAAAUCAUCAUGCGGGACGGAUUGGACACCUUUGUGGGCCGUAUGUUUGCCCACCGUCUUAAAAUAGCCUAUUUAAGUUCCUUUUCGGAAGAGCCUCGCCCUCUUUUGAUCCGUUAUAUGAAAGCCCCGACAAGGGUUUGCCAUUUUACUCACCCCCGGAGUCCUGACUGACCAAAGAUGAAUCUGAACAUCUUCAUUGUUCUUCUUCUGACUCUUUUCAAUGGAGGAUACUCACUGAAAUGCUAUGAGUGUAAAGGAGUGAUGGGUUUUUGUGAAAGCAAAGAGACGACGUGUCCCUCUAAUGAAACUACAUGUGCAAGUGUAACAAUGACGGUUGGUGGCGACACUUCGUUUAACGUGCAGGCUAAGGCUUGUGACGUGGUAAAGAACUGUGUAAAUGGAUCCGUUAAUUUUGGACUGGCAAAGACAGGUGUAUCUAUGCAGUGCUGUAACACAGACCUCUGUAAUAGCAAAGAUGUCCCAGAUUACAACUCUAACAGGCCCAAUGGAAAACAAUGUUACUACUGCGAUGGGAAGAGUUGCUUAAAGAAAUUAAACUGUUUAGGAACUGAAGACUUCUGUAUUACAGCAAAAUUAGCAUCUUCUCAGACUGUCAAAGGAUGUGUCUCUAAAACUAUCUGUGAUGGUGGAUCACAAGCGACUCAAGAUGUUGUGGACUUCUCAUGCUGUCAAGGGUACCUGUGUAACAGUGCUAUGAGCAUCACAAAGAACCUCCUAUUUCUCUCCUGGCCGUUCUUCUUCUACAUCCUGAUCCACUGAAUUCAGCAGAACUUCACAGCAUAAAUGUGAGACAUUGUUGGGGGGUUAGUAAAAUAAAGAGUAACUUUUAUGCAGCUUAUCACUGCAACAACAAUAUAUGACAUAUUUUGGAAUAAAAGGCAAUCUUUUAUUCAAUAUACACUUUAAAACGAACAGUGCUAAAUAGCACUAAAAGUGGCUCUUGGCACGUAAUCAUAAAGGAACCAUUUUUAGUGCUAUAUGGCACAUUUGAAGCACCUAUGAAGAACCAAAUGGGGUCAUAUAGCACCACAUAUGGUUCUACAUAGCACAAUUUGGUUCUACACCAGUGCUACACAGGUACUUCAUUGGUGCUAUAUGGCACUUAAAAUGGUUCCUCUAUGAUUACGAGCCAAGAAACACUUUUAGUGCUAUUUAGCACCGUUUGUUUUGUAUUUUUUGGAGUUUUAUUGUUAGAAAAAAAUAUUUACCGGAAACAGAGAAGAACAUGAAAUAAAAUGUAACCAAACAACUACAUUUGUUUCU